AUGAAGUUGUUGAAGUUCCCCUUGGGCGCUGAGAACAGCAGUUUGAAUGCUAUUGAAUCUGUUGAUAAUUGGUUGAUUAUUGUCGAUAACGAGUGUCACGUGACUGUGUGGGAUCAAAGAGAACUCAUAAAGGCAGCUUUCGAUCAGAUAAAGAUCAAUGACUUGAGCAGCAAGUUCAAGUUCAAUGCCUAUGCUGGUGGGAUGGUUGUUCGUCUGGGCGUCAAGAAUGGUGGUGGUGGUGCUGGUGCUGGUGCUGGUUCAGACAGCAACGGUAAUGCGAAAAAUGGCAACAAGAAGGAUAACGAUUUGAAAUUUGUCAUUGGUGAUAAGAAGUAUCUGUUCAUAGGUACAGACCACAAGGUGUUUCGGUAUACCGAUUGGAUCGAGAGUGUCGAGGAACUCAAGAUCCCGGUUUGGGAACCGGUCUUUGAGUGUGGGGUCAGAUCCAUCAUUACCGAUAUUAAGUUGGACAAAAAACUGAAUAUUCUAUUUAUUAUAAUGGGCAACAGGAAUAAGAUACACCUGUAUGAUGCUACCACCUUGGUGAAGCUGUCAGAUAUAAGUUUGCCAGAGAAUGUAAAACCCAUCACAGGUGUGGUGGAUCCAAUGGGGAAGACUUUCACCGUGUACGGUUUGGAUAGAUCGAUUAUAGUUUACCAAGUCAACGAGAGAGGGAAGUUCAAACUCUUGAAUAAGUUGACCCAGUUUACUCAAUUGUAUCCAUUGAACUACCAUAUACAAAUGUCACCGCAGGCCGAUGCUUUGCCCGUGUUGAACUCUAUUAAAGGUGCCUCCUCUACGUCGACAAAUUCGACUAUAUUACUGGAUAGAAACGAUAAUUAUAAAAUAAUAACAACGCUGGUGACACCACCACACAUCAAGACUAAAGUGUUGAAGUACUCCCCGAUGGUCUAUAACAAGUUGAACGUCAAGAAAAAUACCAGGAUGGUAUACAACCUUUUGGCAACCUCCGGAGCUGCUGAAGGUACCAUAAUGAUUUGGAAUACAAAAAGGGCAAAACCACUUUUCAACGCUCUGAAAGUUUCAGAUACUCCAAUCAACGAUAUGGUUUGGGCUGCUGAUGGUAUGACACUGUUUGCGAUUUCAAAUGAUAAUGUCUUGUAUAAUUUUGCAUUCCAAGAAUCUGAUUUAGGUGAAACUUUGUCGCUGGAAGAGGUUCAAAAGUUACAACAAAAGAACAAACAAUUGCCAGAGCUGGUGGAAGAAGUGAAAGAAGAGGUGGUUAAAAAAGAUGUUAAAAAAGAAGUUAAAAAGGACACUAAAACUGAGACCAAGAAAGAACUGGUGAAACCAGAUGUUAAAGUUGAAGAAUCAUCAUCGGUCCCAGCUUCAGCGUCCCCUACACCGCAGCCAGAAAACGGUAAACAAGUUCCAAAAACUGUCAAAAAGAAGGUUAAAAAGAAGGUUCAAGUUCAAACCACUACUCCUGUAGUUCAAAGUUCAACAGUGGAAUACAAUCUAACUUCAUAUAGUGUGCCGAAGGAUUUAAAACGUAAACCUAAAGAAGAGAAUGGAACUGAGUUGACAAAUAAAAAACAGAAAAAAGACUUGGAACCAAUGGAUUUUUUGGAUACUGGCCUGUUGUUCCCAACAGUCUCUUUCUCAAGAGUAAGAUUGGCUACUCCAAAAAUUAGAUUGUCCUUUGAAUAUUCUCCAACUUCAAAUAAAAACCUGGUUCUCGACAUUAAAAAUGGUUCAGGUAAUGAACAGAAACCAACAAUAAUUACCUUGACCUCAAAUAUUUUAGAUCAAAGUAAAGUGUUGUUCAAAGACUACAUUCCAAAAUUUGUGACUCUAUGUUCAGCUGGUGAUUCAUUUUGGUGUUGUGCUACAGAGGAUGGUACCAUAUACGUAUAUUCUGAUUCUGGUAAACGAAUACUACCACCAUUGAUUUUAGGUGUUCCUUGUAGUUUCUUAGAGGCAUGUUCAAAAUAUCUACUUUGUCUAACGAGCAUUGGUGAACUAUAUUGUUGGGAUAUCGAAGCCCAGAAAUUAUUUUUCCCAGUUAAUUCUAUCUUUCCCUUAUUGAACCCUUCCUUACGUUACUCAGAAGAUAUUUUAACUCGUUCAGAAAAUAUUACGUUGUGUUCUUUAACUGAGAACGGUAUUCCAUUAAUAACAUUGAGCAAUGGUGAUGGUUAUUUAUUCGAUAAAGAUAUGGAAACUUGGCUAUUGGUCAGUGAUGGAUGGUGGGCGUAUGGUUCCCAAUACUGGGAUAUGACAAAUACUACAAGUUUAGAAAAUCCAGUUGCCUCAUCUACUGAAAAGGAUUCCACAUCUGGUGCUAAUGAGCUAAUGAAAGUAAUCAAAAAUGACAACAAAAGUAUAGUUAAUUUUAUUGAACGUAAAACUAACGAUGAACUAAAUAGAAAAGGGCGUGCUAAGAAUUUACAAAGGUUUGCUAGAGCUAUAUUGAUGAAAGAGGGGUUUGAGAAUAUAGAAGAAAUAGUAACUCUUUCGCAUUUAGAAAAUAGAAUCUUGGUCACAUUGAGAUUAAACGAGGCCCAAGAAUUCACCAAACUGUUAAUAAUAUAUUGUAUUCGAUUAAGUGAAUUGGGCUAUACAGACCGUCUUGAUGAUGUUCUUCAAUGGUUAUACAAUGAUGGAGACCUUGAGUCAAGUAAAUUGGCAGGAAAAUCUAGAAAGGAACUUUUGAAAGAAGUCAUUGGAGCCUGUGCAGAUAUUAGACAUAUCCAAAGGGUCACUACCAGUUAUGCUUCAGCCAUUGGUUUAGUAGAUGCCGAAUUGUAA